AUGGCAAAGGAAUUGUGGAGACUGACGCUCCAUUACUUUGGCCACCUGAUGCGAAGAACUGACUCAUUGGGAAAGACCCUGACGCUGGGAAGAUUGAGGACGGAGGAGUACGGGGCGACAGAGGAUGAGAUGGCUGGCAUCACUGAUUCAAUGGACUGGAAUGUAACCUCCUUGACUGCAGGAGUUCGCUUCUUCCGAGAGGUAUCGACUCCCCAGAGGGCUUCCCAGCUGGCUCUAGUGGUAAAAAACCCACCUCCUGAUGCAGGCGACCUCAGAGACCUGGGUUCGAUCCCUGGGUCAGGAAGAUCCCCUGGAGGAGGGCAUUUCAGCCCACUCCAGUAUUCUGGCCUGAAGAAUCCCAUGGACAGAGGAGCUUGA